ACAUUUCCCGUGAUCCUCUGGGGUGAGUGUCCUCGAACGCCACCUGGCAAAAUUGAGUCAGUGUGACGAUGGGAGCACAGCUGCGAACAUCUUAAGGAAGAAAAAAAAAUCGCGUCUCUUUGAGCUGUCCUCCUGCUGUCGCUGGAUCAGCGUGUGCCCUCCUCCUUGUCACCGUCAUGGAGAAAGAAUAUCCUCAGUCUGCGGUGGUGUUUCGAAAUGUGGGCUGGUCAUCCCUGAGGGAGUACCACACAUACUCAUGGUCGCUUGUCCCCGAAGGCUACACCGAAGGAAGCGAUGUUGAUUGCUGUGCGCUUUUCUACGCCUUCUACUUGCCUGGCCCCAGCACAACUGAGUACCACUUUGUCUACGUGGACAAGCUGGGGAAAGUUUGCGGGCAAAGUCGAGCGUUCACCUUCUGCGCCCCCAAACCUCUGGAUGAGCUGGAGACCUUAAUUGAGGAACGAGAUGAGGAAGAUGGAGAUGGGGAGGAGGAGAAGGAUGAGCUGCUUCUGGUGGUCCCCAGAGCUCAGCUGCUCCAGAGCGAGCUAGAGGAGCGCUUGAGGGAGAAGGCAGAGUUGCAGCAGGCUGUGCUGGAGGCCAGACAGGAAGUAGAGGAGGAGAGGAGGAGCAGCACAAAAGCAAAGGAGGAGUGGGAGAGCGAAAGGGACAAGAUGAAAGUGGAGAUUCACCAGCUCUGUCAAAACCUGACACGCAAAUGUGACGCCUUGAAGAAGGUGGAAGGAAAACACAAGGAUGUGGAAAGCACUCAGGAACAUCUCAACUCUGAACUGAGUCAACUCAUGGGCGAAAAAGUGCAAAGUCAGCAACAAAUCAAAGACUUUGAGGAUGAAGUCAAGGUGCUGACUGAAAGAGAGAAGGAGACAAACGUGGAGUUGGAAAGGCAAGUCUUUAAAACGUUGAAAGAGAUACUGAUGAAAUUAUCCAGUCAGAUCAAACAUGAUGAAGAAAAGAGAAAGUUGCUACAAACGGAACACCAAGCCGCACUGACGGAGGUCCGUGAGCUGCAGAGUCGCCUGGAUGCGAGCGAGCGCUCGGCCGAGGGACUUCGCGGGGAGCUGAGGGCGCUGGGCGUCUGUCAGGGCCGCGCCGACACAGAGCUGCACCAAAGCCGCCUGCAGGUGGCCCAGUUGGGUCUGCAGCUCUCUGAGGAGAAGCUUCUUCUCAGGGAGGAGCGGGCCAACUGGGGCCUGGAGAGGGAAGCCUUCAGGAGUGCGGCGCAGGCUGACCAGCAGAAAGUGGAGGAGUUGAGGAUCGAGGUGCAAAGGAAGGAAGAGCGACUGCAAGAGGUGACGACCAAGAUGGAGCAGCCGCAAGCAGAAUUUUGGAGCAAGAGCGACAUUAAUAGCGCGGACCGGCGCAGUGACAAGAAACAACGGAUGCUGCCGGCACUUGUGGACCCAGUCUUCAGUGAAUUGACGGCCUCCAUCAUGUGGUGACACUAAGAACAAAGAAGUUUGCGGGUUGAGACUGAGCUCUGUGUGUUUGGUGUUGUGUUUCUGAAUAUUUAUUGAGACAAGACAGAUAUUUUAAGUUUAAAAAAUCUCAUGACAACCCCCCUCCCCUCAAAGAAAGUCACAAAAAGUGUUUAUCCUGAAAUAACGGUCAUUGCUAAUUGUUGGUGAUGCCAGCUCUGAAUUUGUUGACAGGCAGAUAAACCAUAAAAUAAGAUAAGCCCCAGUUCAGUCUGCUUGUUAUUUUCCAGGUUUAUUGAUGAAUCAAAAGUAAAACUAAAAAUAAAACGGCAAUCAAACCCUAACUUUUAUAUUCUUACAGAUCUGAGCUGUACCUCAUACCAAGUGCACUAUCAACCUAAAAAGAAAAUAGCUGGGCUACCAGGAACAGUAUUCCAGACAGAAAUGCACAAAGUAGCUUCCAAAGAGCACAUAUUGGCAACGUUGCCAAUCAACAUCAGCACAUGAAGCAUAAAUAUAUUAAUAAUGCUGACCGCCAACGUAACUGCAACCAAGUUGCACAGCCGAGUGGAAGAUGCGCCGAGCCUUCUUAACAAGCAACAGCUAUACUGGGGAUGUGUUGCACUUAUCUAUAAUUCAGUUUUACCGAGCCAUUUGAGAUGUCCGUGACUACACUCUUCCUAAUUAAAAUGAGCAUUUCAUAUAUCUGCACUGACAUCACUUCUGCCAUUUAUGUCUCUCUACAGAUAUUGACAAUUUAGCUACGGACUCAAGUUUUGAGGUAUUUACAGUUUGAUUCUGAUUAGUCGUCAUUCCAGUUCAAGAUAUACUGAAUUCACUUCACUUCGGUUCAUGAUGGAUCAAAACCCCUUUUAGAUAUUGAAAAGCAGGUUUCACCUACAUUAGUUACAUAUCUGUAACUGGAAUCCCUCAAACGGGAGUUCCAGAUAUCCGCUCGUGGAUUCCUGCAACUGAUUGUGGAUAUGUGGAAUGAGUGAGCCCACUAACGUCAGUUGUUCUAGGCAAAAUGAGGUUGCAGUCGGUCUUGAACUCUCGAGCUUUCCUUUUGAUCGAUCCCAAAUCUGUUUCAGAUAUCUUGACUGGAAAUUUUAACUAUUCAAAAUGUAAUUACAGACUUCAUUGACAUCUACAAUGUAUAUGAGGUCUGUGAAAUGUAUUCUGAGGUCCCGGGUUCGAUCCCGGCCCCGCCUAUGUGCAGUUUGCAUGUUCUCCCCGAGCCUGUUUGGGUUUUCUCCGGUCGCUCCGGUUUCCUCCCACAUCCCAAAAACAUCCAACAUUAAUUGGAAACUCUAAAUUGCCCCCAAGUGUGACUGUGAGUGUGGCUGGCAACCAGUUCAGGGUGUACCCCGCCUCCUGCCUGUCGACAGCUGGGAUAGGCUCCAGCACUCCCCGCGACCCUUGUGAGGUUAAGUGGCGAAGAAAAUGGAUGGACGGAUAGCCUGAUUGCCAGCAUCUGACCUGAUGAACACUAGGUGGCGGUAGAGCACAUUUAACAUAAUUACCAAUUGUAGGUAAGGAUAUAGACUAAGUGUGUUUUUAUACUUGAAAUAUUGAAUGUCAUGAUCUAAACAGAAAAAAUAAUAAUGUUUUAAUAUAUGAAUGGCAAAAGGCGAAUAGGUUAAUUGUACCAUCUAUUGGAAGAACAAUUAAUUGUUCUGCCUGCCACUACAUCCAUGACAGGUUGGCGAGAUUAAUAUUAUUUGUAAUCAGAUAAUAUUUUCUGAGCUAUUAAAUAAAAUGGGAUCACGUCCCAUCACAUGUCUCACAACACACUCAAGUAUAUCGGGCACAGUAGUUGUGAAUCACUCAUCGUAAUCACCCUUAGGGCAACAAUAUGCUUAAGGAAUUAAUGUUUAACAGGUGUCUUUUUUUUUGUUUUGCAGCUGUUAAGGAGAUAAAAAAAAAGCAUAGGAUACUUUUGAUUGAGUAAAUUUGUGGACAUGUUAAAAAUAUUCAGUCAUGUAAAAGCAUGUGAGAGGUUUGCAUGUAACUGAAGUCAUUGAGCCACUUGAGGCUUUCAUAUUGGGCUCACAUUUCAUUGUCGGGAGUCAACUCGGACAUUUUAUACUAAUUAUGGGUUUAUCGUGCCACUUGUUCUGCGUGAUGCUGACAUAUUUGGAAUGCCUUCUUCACAGUCAUGAAUGGAAAUGCAUUAUGAGUUUCUGGUAGAUGGGAGUUUUCAUCUGACAUUUGUCUCGUCCGAUGACUUUUUUUUUUUUUUAAAGGUUCACAUGGUCGUUAAGUAUUUGAAAGUGAUGACGGAAAUAAAUGCAGCCCCACGCCGACAGGUGUGAAAACACAAAGCGACUUUUAUCAAAAUCCAUCCAAAAUAACAAGCAAACCAAAUAAGGCAACUACAUGGACAGAUUUAAUACAAAUAGAAAGAAAACAACAGAUGAGCCCGUUCUUGAGAUGUUCAAAGUUCUCCACGUAGAAAUGACGGAGGUUCAUUAUUAAAAGAGACACAAUGAGAUGAUUUGAGCGUCAAAAAUCAUCAUUAAAUAUUAUCUGUUACAUAACACAAACAAAAAUGUCAAAACCGUCAAGGUGAUGCCAUUUUAAUGAGCCAACGUUUUUGAAUUUUUUUCUUUUUCUUUUUCUGCACACAGAUGUGCCCCCCAUCAACCUUGCAUGCGCCUUUUGUUUUAUUGCACUGGCUCAAGUUCAGGAAAAAGACAAAAGAAACAGGAGACUUUAUUGCCCCCCCAACCCCGUUAGAUCCUGGUCCUGGAGAUUACUUCAGUUCUAAAGCAACAUGCUGUGUUGAACUGGGCGAUAUAGAAGAGCGCAAAAGCAUUUGACUGAUUUUGUUCUCGUGACAUUCAGUGAGUUGACAUUCUGAAGCCUCCUUAGAUAAUUCCCCAUUUAAUACUUAUUUGACCUUCUAUA